CAGCUGGUUAAAAGCCGUCUCCUCCUUCAGUCGUCGUUUACCAACGACCCGCACCGCACACCCGGCACGGCACGUCCUCGUCGUCAUCCUCCGCACCGCUCGGGAUCGCUCUGUGCGUGUGCGCGCGUGUUCCUUUUUAACUUGCCGAUUGUCCCGAUCCCGAUCACGACGGACCGGUGAUCUCCUCGAGGUGAAAGUGAAGCGCGAAUUGAACCUUAACCCGCUCUGGAAUCGGCUCGUCCCCGCUCGCGGGUUCGACUUGCAUGGGCUGCACUCUCUGAGAGCGGCGGGAGGCGCCGCGCGGCAACGUGAGUCCAAUCUCACUGUCGUCAUCAGCGAGAGAAAGACAGGAGCGAGAAGAAAACGGUGAGCCUUAUCAGUGCGAUCACUGUUAACUCCUUCGCCACGUCACCGGUCGUUCCAGGCAGUCCGUUUCCGCGAUUAAUCAUGCGGCUGCAUCAGCGUCGAUGAGCGAGAAGAGCCGGCUGGCUAAACAGACGCAGAGCAAUUUGGAAACGGCGAACGAUCACAUCGCGACCAGGAAGCGGAACCGUUUGACAUGAUUGCGACAAAAGGGAGUGCCCCUACAGUCUUUCCAGUUGCCUCGUAGCGUGUCCUUGAAGCUCGCGAGAGUCGCCUGCGACUCGAUCAUGAUCCCUGCGACGAGGAAGCGAGUCUGUCCUACGCCGAGUCAAGUCAGCAGCCGCCCAAGUUGAUCCCAAUCUGCGAUCGCUCGACAAUCGUUCGCGCGGUUCCGCUCGAAACGGAGAACUUAGAUUCUGAACUAUCCGCGAAAUGUCGUUGGUGAAUUUUAGCUUGCCCUAUCAGUCGGCGACGAUGGCGCCGUUCCUUUAUACGGGGCCGACCGGGGGGCACACGACCCCCGGCAGCAAUCUUCGCUUGAAUGCCGUGCUACCAUCAGGCACUGUACCGGGUUACAACGAGCCGGAGGCUUUUCGUAACGAACCCUACGUGCCGCCGAUGAAGUACCAGCAUCAGCAUCAGCAACGGCGUCAGGCCGCGCAGCGGAGGAGUCAAGAGGUUUACACGGAGCACACGUCCUUCUCCUCGACCCAGGACACUCGUUACGCCGUGUACAAUCAGGAUUUUCGAAGAAUACAGCCGAGGCAACAGCAGCAACAGCUUCAGCAGCAGCAACAGCAGAUGAGACCACCGCCUCCUUCCUCUUCGCCGUUCCAGCAGCAAUCGCAUCAGACGCGCUCACCUGAGCCGGUCAAAUCUCGGACGGAGGAUCAGGAAAAUUAUCCGGAAAGACCUACCAGUUACACAAGAGUCAAUAGUGGGAGCUCUGUCGCUCCGGGUACCAAAACCUCGGUCCAUGCCGUGUUGGACUAUGACGAUGAUUUCGACGAUUAUUACGACGACGAGGAUCAGGAAAUACCAACGAACACGCACGUCACCCCCAUCCAGGGUCCAAUUUUUCUGAAAAAUGGUUCUGUUCCUGUGGUGCCGCUGUACUCGUAUCCUCAGAUAAAUAAUGGGACAUUCGUACAGAUACCGAUACUCUGGACUGCACUUUCAGUAGCAUUGGGUGUCGAGUUGAGAGGAGACUUGGUACGAGGUGCACCGUGCAUCAAAAAAUAUCAUCAGCUGUUCUGUCCAACCGCUGGAAAUACAUAUCCAAUAGAGCGAAUAGAACGUUUCAUCGACGAAAAUAAGGCGCUGAUGAAGAGGAUGUACGGUGACUUCGAAAUGACUCCGGGAUACGGCUCGAGUGAACCAGGGCAUCGCACCAGGACGCGCAGAAAAAGUAGAGACACGCGGAAACACGAUUUGCCGGACGGUGGAUCCAGAAGAGACGCGGACGAGUUGCAUGUAGAGGGCGAGGAAUACUUCGUCAACAAUAGAAACACCAGGCAAUCGUUUGGAAAGAACCGCAGCUCAGAGAGCGGCAGAAUCGAUGCGUGCGAAUCAAAGGUUGAGAUCGUGACUCCGUAUUGGGCAAGUAACAGCGCUGGGAAAAUUCGCGCGAUCGUGAACACUCAACAUUUCGAGCAGGCAAUACAUCAGGAAGUGUGCUCAAAAACGCAGACCAACCGGUGCAGCGGAGAUUGCGGAUGCGAGCAGAAGUACAAGUGGCACCGGCUGCUCGCGUACGAUCCAGACAACGACUGCAAAGGCAUAUUUAUGGACUGGUUCCUGUUCCCUUCCUGUUGCGUUUGCAGAUGCGAUCCGAUCAAUAGCAAAUUCUCUUCGACGAGCGGCCGAAACUGAUGUAGCGCAGAUUUACGCGCGAAGGAACGUGCCAUUCAGACUGUGACGAAUCGCACCGUUUAUAUUUACUCAGAUCGGACGAGAAACAGUUUUACAUAUAGUGCGUAGCGUAAAGUUCUCUCGUGAUUUAGAUUUUAUUUAUAAGUAGAAAAUGAAAUGUGUGUUACCAUUUUUAUAUAGAUCUUUCCUCUGGAAAUUGCUACAGCUAAUGUGUAAUAAAGUAUCAUGUUCAGACGGCAUUCAGUCCACAAAUAAAUGGCAGUGCGUCUCAGGCAUCCCUGAAUGU